CACAGCCUCGGGACCGGCACCGGGCACCGGGCACCGCACACCGGGUCCGGCACAGCCCCGGCACUGGCACCGUGCACUGCACAGCGGGCCCGGCCCAGCCCCGGCAGCACACACGGUCCCCGCGGGGAAGCACGCACACGUGCCGGGCCCUGGCGGUGGCCCCUGCGGUGGCCGGUGUGCCCGGCCCUGCCUGCGGGGACCCCCGGGGACAGGCCCUCGGGACGGCAUCAGCCCUGGCCGGCGGGGCGCUGGCACGGGAGGCGCGCGGGAGCCAGGGGCCGCGUCCCGUCCCGGGGCAGGCGGAGGUCGGCCCCAGCCACGCUCGCUCCGGCAGCAGCAGGCCCUCGGCCCCGUCCAUGCGGGCCCCGGGUCCCGGCCCCCCGCGCCAGCGAGUGCCGUGGGCCGGGAGAGGCCGGGCCGGGGGGCAGAGCUGGGCCACGCGGGGCCCCACCGGACACGGGGCGCCCCACGCCAGCUGGCACCGCCGCCCCUUCCCACCCCUCCCGCGUCCCGGCGGCACUAGGACCCCUCCGAGCCACCCCGGCCGGCUGCUCCUGUUUGGAGGGCCCCGUCACCGCCUCCCCCAGCUGCUGCCCGGGGCCGGACUCGCGUUUAAAAAUAGCCGUGCCGGAGAUGGCUGCGCGGCGCCGCUCCGACACGCGCUUCCACCACGUCCACGGCGCCAACGUCCGCAUGGACCCCUCGCGCACCCAGGCCACGCGGGUGGAGAGCUUCGCCAACGGGCUGUGCUUCAGCCGGGAGCCCCUGGGGCCGGGGCAGAUCUUCCUGGUGGAGAUCGAGGAGAAGGAGCGGGGCUGGUGCGGGCACCUGCGCGUGGGGCUGACGGCCCACGACCCCCAGAGCCUGGAGGUGGUGCCCGAAUAUUCGCUCCCGGACCUGGUCAACCUGGGCGACACCUGGGUGUUCGCCAUCACGAGGAACCACAACCGCGUGGCCCCGGACGGGGCGCCGGCCCGCGCGCAGGGCUUCCUCUCGGAGCCCUACCUGCUCAUCGAGCGGGCGCGCAUCCCCCGCGACAAGCUGGUGGGACGCAGCCGGCCCGGCCGCUACAGCCGCCUCCUCGACGACCUCUACAGGACCAACGUGCUGCCCCCGACCGCCCGGCGCAGCAGGAUCGGCGUGCUCUACGCCCCGCGGCCCGACGGCACCGCCGACAUGCACAUCGUCAUCAACGGCGAGGACAUGGGGCCGAGCGCCCGGGGCCUGCCCGCCGCCCGCCCGCUCUACGCCGUGGUCGACGUCUUUGCUUCCACCAAGAGCGUCCGCGUCAUCCAGGUGGACUACGGCUUUCCCUCCUUGCAGACCCUCUGCCGGCUGGUCAUCCAGAAGCACGUCGUCCAUCGCCUGGCCAUCGACGGCCUGGACCUGCCCCCGCUGCUGAAGAACUUCUGCAAAUACGAGUGAGCGGUGGGGAUGCCUCCCCCAGGCAGGCACCGCGCCCACGAGCCCCCGGACCGCUGCAGACGGGCUGGCAGGGCAGGAGCCGUGCGCCCGGGCGGC